AUUUUAUUUGACAAUUCCCUUAAUUAAUACAUUUUGCAAAGCUUAAUUAAAGUUUAAUUACAAGUGUGGUGUUAACAUGCAAAUAGGCUACACGUUGAGAUCAUGUCACGUAACAAAAUUGACAUUAUAUGUCAUGAAUUUAUUUGAUCAUAAAUAAUAAAUAAGAAAUUAGCAGGCACUUCCUAUUAAUCUAUGCUCUAGUCAGUCUCUUAUAGAUUGUCAGGCUAUCAAGAUGAAAAUUUUAAAAGCAAAUAUAAAGCAUCAAGUAAAAGAGCUUUUAAGGAACUCUAGCAUUCAUGGGAUACGUUAUAUUGCUGAGGAUCAACGAACAUCCAUAGAAAAGUUUAUCUGGCUCUGCAUACUUCUUAUUUCAGCUACGUCUGCUUCUAUUACUAUAUCUAGGCUGUGGGAUAAAUUUCAAUUAAAUCCAACGAUUACAGGCUUAGACACUGACUUUUCACUUAAAAAUAUCGACUUCCCAACUGUUGCAGUAUGUCCAGCAAUAUCUUAUGGAAGUAAUUCAGUCUAUCAAGUCGCUAAAGAAUUUGUUGGAAACCAUAUGAAUGAUUUUGACUCCAACAUUCCUUUAUUAAAAGCGCUAGUUACAUUGACAUACAGUAACAUUAAGGCAUUCGAAAAACAUCUAGCUGACAUCAAUAGAAAUGCAACAACUUUUUGGAAUCGACAGUCACUGCGAGAAUUGGUCUUCAAAGUUCAUGUAAAUUGUGAGGAUAUCUUUGAAAGCUGUUCAUUCAAAAAUGAGAAAGAAAAGUGCUGCUCAAUUUUCAAGCCAAUUUAUACCGAACAAGGCUUCUGUUAUGCCUUUAAUUCACGAUAUUAUGGUACAGGAUUUUCUGAAGAAAGAACCGAAGAACUGAAAGACAUCAAUUCAGAAGAUGAUUCUUGGAUGUUGAAGAUAUAUAUUAAAGAAGAAGCUGACUUUUUUGUAUAUCCAACAGACAGCGUAUUAACUUACGAUGACACAAAGCUUUUUACACGGAAAAAUGGAUCUGCAGUGGAUUUAAUGCUGUCAUUAAAGCAAACACAUACAGAUAAAACUGUGGAUCAAUUAUCAAUAAGUCAACGAAAAUGCAUAUUUCCUGAUAAAUUUGACGAUUCCGUGACAUUAAAUUAUUAUAAUGACGAGACAUAUUCAUUUUCAUAUUGCAUGAUGGAAUGUCGCUUGAGAAUUGUAUUAAAGCUUUGUAACUGCAUACCACCGUUCUAUGCUCCUGAAAAUUAUGAUAAAAACAGAAAAUGUCUAAUUGAUGAUUUCAUGUGUCUUGCUAAUUAUUCGGAAGCAAUUUCAUCCAUAAGCUGCCAUCAUUGUCAAUUAAACUGCUUUGAUAAAAUAUUUGAGCCUGAAAAACUUUCAAUUGAUUAUAAAGACGACAAUGGAGAUGAAAUUGAAGAGAUGUAUAUAAAAAUUAGAUUAUCGUCAUAGCCUGUAAUGCAGUAUAAAAGAGAGGUCCUUUUUGGGUGGAUAGACUUGCUGGUUUCUUCUGGAGGUACUUAUUUUUGGAUUUUGUUAAAACUUUUCCUAAGUUUGAAUGUGUUUUAGGUACGCUCGGACUUUUUAUGGGCCUCUCGCUUCUAUCUGUUGUCGAGAUGCUGUAUUUUAUGACCAUAAGAGUUAUCUUCAUGGACAACUUAAGAAAAUCCACAAAGAAGAGGAAUAUAAAGUUAUUACUGAUCAGUAUAACAUGCAUCUAUCUUUGAAGCCACAAAAGAAGAAAAUCGGAAACCCUACAUUCAUUAUUGUAUCUCCAUCAAAUUCAACUGUCCCAUUGCCUAAUUUCCAGAGGUCGAAGCGAACUUGGUUCGCCAAGUUCGCUUCGCUAAAAAUUCAACUUGCCAAAGUCGAACUGUAGCGAGAAAAAUUUUUUUCUAUUCGCCUUAGCGAACCAUAGCGAACUCAAUUUUAUUUUUUUCGCUUUAGCGAACUAUUAGCGAACUUAAUUUUUCAAAGUUCGCUAUAGCGAACUAUUGGCGAACUAUAAUUUUUUGCAAUUUUGUAUGAAAUUACAUACUUCACAAACGCAAUCAGACAUCUCUUAAUAUGAAGCCAAAAAAAUUUUUCUAGUUCGCCAAUAGUUCGCUAUAGCGAACUUUGAAAAAUUAAGUUCGCUAAUAGUUCGCUUAAGUGAAAAAAAUAAAAUUGAGUUCGCUAUAGUUCGCUAAGGCGAAAAGAAAAAAAAAUUCUCGCUACAGGUCAACUUUAGCAAGUUGAAUUUUUAGCGAAGCGAGCUCGCUAAAAACUCGCUUCGCUAUGCUCGCUUCGACCUCUGCUAAUUUCCUUAAAUAUUGAAUAGGAAUCGAUAAGUUUGAAUGCUAAGAGCAAGCUCAGUAUAAUGUCACAUCAAGUAGUUGCUAGACAAGAAGUUUAUACAGAAUGAAUUAAUUCAAAUGUUAUAAUUCUUUUAUUCAUUAUUAUCCUUUUUUUUACAUUUUUUGAAUGCUCAUUAAUUAAUAAAAUAAAAUUAAAAUCUAGGAAAUUGGAAACAAAUCCAACCUCAAUGUUCACUGUAUCAGGUAUUUUAAGCUUUUUCUUCUACAUCUGUAGUCAUAGAUUGUCCUUCGACGGCAACUUCUUGUUGUUCGUUCGCGCAAGCCAAUGAUGGAUAUUUCUUUUGUAAAGCUGCACGAUAUUUAGGAUGGCUGAUACCAUAAACAAUUGGAUUGUAGACAGCGUUGGCCUUAGCGAAUAAACUGCCCCAAAUUGAAGUCAAUGGAGAAAUCUUGACAGCACCUGUAACUGAUCCAAUGUUGAUAAUCAAAUAUGGUGUCCAAGCCAUAAACCACAAUGAGAUAGUCAUUAAGGCAACUUUAGCUAAUUUACAUUCGGCGCUUUGGUUUGCAUUUUCUGAUGAUCUCAAUGAUUCAACAUUCAUUUUUUUAGCUUGAUCUCUCAUAUUCUUCUCGUGAGCAGAUACGGCUUGCAAGAUGAAGAAGUAUGAGUAGAUAAUCAUCAACAAUGGUGUCCAGUAUACGAAGAUUGAGUAAAUAAUGAUGUAUGAUCGAUUUCCCCAGUCUUGUGACAAAUAAUCAGUUCCACAAGCAGUUUUGUUACCUUCUGGGACAUAUCUACACCAGCCAAAGAAUGGUGCAAUAGUCCAGAUCAACGCGAAAGUCCAUACAGUCAUUAUUCGCAUUAAAGCAUUACCCUUUACAAUUACAUUAUAGCGAUCAAAGGCGAUUAAUGUCAUUGUCCAAAUCGAAACACAUCCAAAUAGAGAUCCAGCAGCAGCAUAUAAUUCACAAGCUAAUGGUCCAUAAAUCCAUGUCUCAUGAUAACAGCACAUUACCAUUGGUGAAAGUCUGAGAAUGCCAAAUUGACAACAAGUAAGUUGGAAGGUGUUCGGAGUGAUUUUGUAGAUGUAAAGACACUGAUGACAAUCAAUGUCGCGAGAUUUCAAAUCAAGUUUUCUUUGAGAAAAUUUUUCUGACGAGUAUUUUGGUAAGAUUUCGAACACUACAAAUUUUAUAACGAUAGAAAUAAAUUCGAAUUUCUGAACUCACUCAUCACGUGUUUUUCAUUUGAAAUUAAAAAAUCCUGUGGUCGGCAAAGAGCUUAAAAAAUCAGUUGAAACUUAAAAGAUUUGAAUUUGAAUUUUUUUAUUUCGGGUGGGAAAUUUUAAAUUCAGGAAAAACGUUAUUUGAUUUUAAGUCAUAUUGCUUUUAAAUAAUGUGAUACUUUAAUAAUUUCACCCUCGUUUUUGGUCAGAAAACAUUAUGAUAUUCAUAAAAAUAGCAUUUA